AUGGGGCGCAGUGUACGGCGGAACCGGCGCGGGGGCGGGGGCGGGCUCGCCGCCUCUGCGACCGCGCUGGGCGAGGAGGGCCGCGGCGAGCGCCGAUCCGUAGGGGCGCGGAGGGGUGCUCCCACGCCUGGCGACUUCGACGAGGCCCUCCUGGAGCCUGUUCUGCCGUUGCCGGCUGGGUUCGCGGACACAGACCUUGCCGCGGCGGCCGCCUUCCGAGACUGCGGAGAUUUGUCGAUCUCUGCAGCUGCGCGUGUGGAGCGCGCGUCGGAGGCUGCGGGCGCCGGAGCCCCUUCGACUGACCCUUCAGGCUCUCCGCACUCACCCUCGACUGCGCCACUUUCACACGCCUCGCAUCCCUUCGUUGCGCCUCCCCUUCCCUCUCAGCGGUCCGCGGCGAAGUCUGCCGAAUGGUGUGGGCUGGAAGGGGAUCCGAGCGUGCCCUUGUCGCGGUCAGACCUCCUCGAGAUCCAACGCUGUCUCUGUUUUCCUUCUUCGUUCUCUCCUUCGUCGGCGCCCUCGGCGAAAGGGGCUUCCGCGGCAGCUGCGUUCGACGCGCGCGGAUUCUGUUCGUAUGCCUGGGUGCUCGCUGAGCAGCACGCUGGCGACAAACGCUACGACACAUCGACUCCAAGCUCCAGCAGCGAUCCCGGGACCUCGGCACCUUCGCCGUCUUCCUCCGCCUCCUGCGCUUCUUCGCAGCACCCAUACGAGCCACAGGACACGGGGGGCAUCGAAGGGGGUGAGGUGCGCGCAGCGGAGACGCCCGGAGGAGGCAAGGAACCGAUUCGCGACGGCCUCAACAAGUUUUGGGAAGCCGUUGAGGCGCGGACCGCUGCGCGGCUCAAAGCCCUAGGCUUCUCCUCGAGCGCGGUCGCCACCAGCCUCGCGUGCUGUCGGUACAUUCGCGAACGCCGGCGACGUUUCUUCUCGUCUGCGGCUGCGCCUGCGAGCGCCCCAAGCAGCUGCUCCGCGGUGGCGCCGUCGGAUGUGGCGCUGGCGCGGCUAGCCUUGUCCGUGGAGAAGAGCUUCAACCUCUCGAUUGCCGCUGGACGUUCGCGACAGGCAAGGCAGGCCAAGAAGGAACACACGCUCUCGCAGCUCCGCCUCCGCGCCGCGGCCCUGCUCCUCUCGCGUUGCCUGGAGAUCCUGUACGCCUCCGCGAGCAUCGCCCACGACGCGCCCGCAGCCUCUCAGAAUCCCGAGUUUCUGGUCCGAAUUCCGCCCGCAGCAGCUAGGGCUGUCAAGAGGCAGACAGCGCAGGGCGCUCGCGAGACGCGGCGCGAGAACGGCAGAUGGAGUCUGGGUUUGGCAGACGCGAGCCCCGUCUCGCCAGCGACGCGUUUGUCCAUUGCUGAGCUGGGGGGCAGCGCAGGCGCUGCAGCAGAAAGAGGCGCGAGCCACACGCAACGAGGGAUUCCAGCGAGCGCUGAGACUGCAUGCACGCGGGCGCCAGCGGCAGGCGGACUGCGGUCGGUGCGUGGCAGCCGACAGGCCACCGAGGACGCUGCGAGGAAGAGCCUGGGGACGAGGGAAACGGAGAGAGACGCGCAAACAGAUACAGACAAGAGGGCGACAGCUGGGAAGAGGAGAGAGAGCGAGGAAGAUGCGGGAGUCUGCACACGAAGGGGAACGCUGGAGACUGUCGCGGGCGACACGCCUGGCAGCGUAGCUGCAUCAGCCAAGUGGCAGGCACCAGAUACCGCGUUAAGCGGACGACAACUUGCUGUCUUGAACGCGCGCGAGGACGGACUGUUACACGGGGGACGAUUUGGAAGAGUCAGCGAUACCAAGAACUCCACAGAGAGCGGCAGACACGCGAAGGACGCCAGGGGCCGCGAGGCGCAGGAGGGCGACUGGGAAUCAGGGGGGCGUGAGGAGACGCUGGAGGCGCUUCAGCAGGCCGACAUUGAGGCGGCGCACGCGCGAGUCGCGGCGACGCGUGCUGAGAGUGAAGGUCUGUAUGCCGCUUGGAUGAGCAGAUGCGGCCCCUUUCAAACGAAGAGGCGAGAACUCCCGGUCUACAAACACCGCGCCGAGUUCCUGGAGGCGCUAGAUACGCACCAAGUCGUUCUCGUCUCCGGAGAGACAGGCUGCGGGAAGACCACGCAGCUGCCGCAGUAUGCGUGGGAGGCGUGCCUGGAGCGGAGGCGCGCGGCGGCCUCCUUCGUCGUCAUGGCGCAAGCCAGACGCAUAUGCGCAGUUUCCGUUGCCGAGCGAAUCGGCGAAGAAAUGGAUGAAGGCGGCGCAGGCCGCACCGUCGGCUACCAAGUCCGACUGGAAGGAAAGCGAGGCCCAGACACGCGUCUGCUUGUUUGCACGACGGGUGUCCUCUUUCGCAUGAUGGAGAGUGACCGCCGCCUCGAGGACGUGACACAUCUGUUUCUCGACGAGGUUCAUGAGCGAAGUCUGGAAACGGAUAUGCUUCUCGUGCUCCUCAAACGUAUUUUGCCUGCGCGACCCACCCUGCGGGUGGUGCUUAUGUCAGCCUCAAUCAAUACAGGGGCGUAUGCGUCCUACUUCGGCAACAACAUCUGCAUGCUUUGCGUGCAAGGCCGCACUUUCCCUGUCUCGACGCUCUUCCUGGAGAACGUUCUUCAUUUCGUGGAUGACACGCAGACGCAGACCGAGCCUCCAAGCGACGAGAAGAACUCGCUGACGGCAGCUGCAGAGGCGCGUCUGCGGGAGCACGCGCCGUAUGCGAAUUUGCCUAUGCCCCUCCUGCAGCGGGUGGCGCUGCGCACGGAGUCCGAGGUCAACUACGGAUUGAUUGCGGCUCUCGUGGCUUGGAUUCACGACAGCCACGCGAUGCCCUGCACCGGCACUCCGCCCGCGUCCACGUCUUCCCGCGAGAGCGCCUCGUGUGCGGCGCCCUCACUCUCUGCUGCCUCAUCUUCGCUGCGGCUGCCUCGCUCUGCCUUCGCUUCGCCAUCGCCGUCUCAGCCUCCAGCGGCCUCGGCUGCAUGUGCAGACCUGCCGGCACUGCGGCUCGUUCCUGGAGUGUGUUUCGCGCCUUCUGCGUGCACAUCGCCGCCCCCAGGUCUGCCGCGCUACGCGCCGCAGGGCGGAGACAGUGCGCAGGCGCUGGAAGUGCGGGCGUCAAUGGAAGCGUUCAAAAAGAGCGCCGCGGAUCUCUUUGCGCCAGUGUGCGGCGGCGGGGCGAUUCUGAUCUUCCUGCCGGGUGUGUAUGAAAUCAGGCACUGCAUAGACGCGCUGGGCAAGCUCGGCAGCAACGCCGAAGAACGAGCCACGUACCCGGACUCGCGAAGGCGAGCCCAGCGCCUCGCACACAAACGCAGCCACUCUCGUUGCGCACACGCGUUGUCGUCGCCCUUCCACGUCGUCGCACUGCACUCGAGACUGUCCGUGGAGGAACAGAAAAGAGCUUUUGAGGCGCCUCCCAAGGGCAAGAGAAAGAUCAUCUUGACCACCAACAUCGCUGAAACUUCUGUCACAAUCGACGACGUCAGCUUCGUGAUUGACUCGGGCCUCCAGAGAACGAAGAGCUUCAAAAGCGCCGCAAGGCUCUCCCUCUUCGAGGACGUCUGGACAACGCGAGCGAAUGUGUUGCAGCGCAAGGGCCGCGCAGGCCGCGUCGCGCCGGGGCUGUACUGCGCGCUGUAUAGCUCGCUGACAUUCGCGCGAGACAUGCAGCCGGACAUGGUGCCGGAGAUCCUCCGCAGGCCUCUGGAGGAAAUCUGCAUUCAGCUUCUUGCCUUGCGCCUUGACCACCCCCCGCGGCUCUUCGCCGAAGCCAUGGACCCGCCCGACCCGCUGCACGUCUGCGCGGCUCUGCAACAUAUCCACACGAUUCAAGCCGUCCAGCCUGCGUCUGCGGCCUUCGCCCAAAUUUCAGAUCCCAUCCUCGAUGCUUCCUCCGCGUCCUCCUCUCCUUCAUCCUCUUCUUCCUCGUCUUCUCUCUCGUCUUCUUCCUCUUCUUCCCCGUCGUUUUCUUGUUCAUCAUCCUCUCCUUCUUUGCCUUCUUCCUCUUCCUUCUCUCCGCGCUCUUCGUUAACUUCGUCUUCGCAUAUCUCUUCGCGGUCGACGUCGCCGGAGAAGGGCACCGCGGGAGCCUCUGCGCCUGCGCGCCUGUGGAUGGAAGACUUCGUGAGAGCGGAGAAAACUGGCAAGGAGGCGACGCGGUGGGCGGAGUCGAAACCUACGCGCCCGGUGGGCUGCGCCAGCGCGGCUGCGGCACCUCAGGCGCCGCCGCCUCGCAGCUCCAAGAGCCUGAAAAACUGGGUGUGCCUAUGCAGCGAUGCCUUGUGUUCCUGCGGCGCUAUCGAGAGCCACCGGACGGCCGUCGGGGCUCUAGACGCGCUCGCUGCGUUCCUACAAGGAAGAGGAAACAAACUUGCGAAAAAAGGCGCGCGCAGAAACGAGAACUACAACAGCCAGCGCCAGCUGAGGGCCUACGCACAGGAGGCCUGUGAGCUAAGCCCGCUGGGAUGGCAACUCGCGCGUCUGCCAGUCGAGGCUUCGAUUGGGAAGCUGCUCAUUCUCGGGUCGCUCUUAGGCUGUCAGGACGCCGCGCUCACGCUGGCGGCGAUUCUCGAUUCCCCAGGAGAUAUCUUUGCCACUUUUGCGCGACAUCCACAGGACGUCGCCGCGGCCAAGAGGAAGCUGAGCGACGGCUCCGGAGGCGACCACGUCGCUCGCUGGCGCGCGGUUGCGGGGCUGGAAGCCGAGCGCGAGAAAGGCAGAGACGCCCAGAGGUCCUUUGUCAAUCAGUUUUGUGUCGAGCUGUCAACGGCGAGUCGAGCCUUAAAACGGAAGCGGAACCUUCGCACGGCCCUCGUCAGUGCGGGACUCACCGACCUUUUGGCACCUUCAGUCGCGUCCAAGCGAGAGGAACUGAAUCUUGUCCGCGCACUCGUGACCGCGGCACUCUACCCGCAGGUGGCGGUAUUAGCAUUGCCGGCCGGAAAAUCGCCUGCCUACACUACGCACGGCAGCGCGGACACCGCUAAGUUGCACCAGCAAAAUGCCGACACGGGGAUGCCGAGCAUCGUCGCGUAUCAGGAGAAAACGACUACUCCCCGAACCUCAGGCUGUCCCGCCAGAGCUUGCCUCCGCGACGUGACGCGCGUGAGCCCGCUCGCUCUUCUUCUUCUAUGUGGAAACUUGGAGAUAUUUUGGUUUGAGUCAAGGGUUGUCUUCGAUGAUUGGCUGUCCAUAGGUCUGAGCCCUGGCACCGCUGCUUUGCUGAGGUUGGUUGUAGCGCGGUUUGCGCUUGUUAAAGAAAUGUCAGGAGAAGCGAGGGAAGUCGACGCGGUCAGCCGCGCUGCAUCAGCGUUCGUCCCGUCCAGCUUUACCGAGCGCUUAGAGGACUGGAAGGAACGAAGCGCUGUGCUCUCACUGGCUGAUUCGGACCCGCCGGAGCUGUUUUGGCGUGAAGUCGAAGUCAUCUUAAGCCCGCAAGAAAUGGAAAAGCUCUGUUCUGAGGACGAAAGCGAACUAGUUACUGAUCCGGUGCUUGCAAGUCUGCAGCUUGGCGGGUCUUUGGCGGUGUCGCUGGGGCAUAUACAUGGAGAAAACGAAUCUUUCCUCGAUGCAAACUUCUCUGUAGCCAUGCCGCUUGCUCCAGAAGCUGCAAGGGACCGCUGCGAAGAGAAAAUGAAACUCCCGGUUGUGCCACUUCUCGCGGUCACGCUGCUGGAGAGGUUGAGUGAUUUCUGGGAACGAGAUGACAGAGUCGAUGGCGCGACUGCACUCGCGAAAACAUCGGAAGACGAGGACGUGGCUUUUGACAGAGACUGCGAUGUCAUCGAUGAAUCGGUUGCUGUUCCGCUCAAGAGAGAUGAACUGGAGGGCGUGCCGGAGGUUGUCGUAGAAGGAUCGCUAGAGAACUUUCUGCUGCCCUCACUUGGCACUGAUGACGAUAUACCGGAGAAAGAUGACGACGAUAGCCUUGUCGACAUGCUUGGGAUCUGGGUUCGCGUCUGGAAAGAGGGAGAGCGUUUCCUACCUACCAGCAUGUUCGCUGCGCGAAGGCCAACGCCAGCUCGGAAGCUUCUCAGAUCUCACUGA